AAACAGAUAUGAAAAAAAAUGGAACAAUAUACGCGACUCAUACAGAAAAUAUAAAAGAAAGACUAAAAAAAGUUCAGGCGCAGGCGCAAAAAAAACAAAAAAAUAUUUAUAUGCAAAUUUUUUGGAUUUUUUGGACUCAACAUUUGAACAGAGAGAAACGGAGUCUAACUAUUGUGAUGAAGACAAUGAUAAUCAAUCGAUCUGUUCGGAACAGUCUAAUGAUGUCAUCAGUCCAGCCAAAACAAAUUCAAAACAAAAAAAAGUUGGAUACAAAAAAACAUCAAAACGCACACAUGAAAACGACGAAGCACAAAGUAUAUUAGAUUUUAUUAAACAAAAAUCAAAAUCCGAAGACGAAGACUACCAUUUUGCCAUGUCACUAGUACCGGAAAUUAAAAGAGUUCCUUUACAAUAUAAAUUAAAACUCAAAGCAGAAAUAAACUUACUUAUUAGCAAAUAUCAAAAUGUGUCUCAAAUUGAUUCUAACCAAUUAUAUCAUCAAUCUAGACCACAAUCAAAUAGCCCUUACAAUCAAAUACUUUCAAAUACUUAUAUACAAAAUCAAUCUACAGAUCAUUACUAUCAUCAACAUUUCUCUCCAACACAACCAACAACAUAUUCAGUAACUCAAGGAGAUCAAACAUUACAGUAUAAUCAAUCAAACAUAACCGUAACAUCUGACUUUUUAACUCAAGAUCAUUCACAGUCAACUUCAACAAAUACAUUGCAGCGUUCUCCAUAUGAUCUAUCAUCUAUUCACACUUCUUAAUAUUUUAAUAAAAAUGUGUAUGUGUGUAAGUACUAGGUAAGUACUAGAUCAUACAAAUAAGUGAAUCAACUUUUUUCUCUAUUAUUUAGUUAAGGCUUUUUUUUUUAACUAAUUAUUUAUAUUUUAUAUCGUUAUAAUAUUAUAAUUUGUAUU